GCGAACCGGAAACAGCGCAAACAACUGCACUGCCGUACACGGUAGCGUGACCGAGCCCGAGGAGGUUCCCAGGUUUCGAAAGCCAGCAACAAUGGUGGCCCGUGCAGGACGGAGCCGUUUGCUGAUUUGCCUCGGGCUGCUGCUACUGAUGGUGGGCUUUUUGACGGUAUUCCACAACUCCCAGCAGCAGCUUGAUGAGUUGCGCCAACUUGGAUUGCGAUGCGAGCAGCAGCAAAAAUCCGUUCAAGCGCAGAUGGAAGUGGUCGUCGACCAAAAGCUGCGGCUGGAGAACUCGCUCGCCUCCGAGCGCAUGAUCAACGAGGCCAACCGGAAGGAGCUGAAGCAGAGGGCGAAGGAAGAGAAGGAAGAACACAGUAAGACGUCCAUGGAAGCAAACAUCCGGUACGCGUCGCUUCAGCAGCAGUGCAAUCUGGUCAAGAGCCAAUUGGGCGAUCUGACGGAAGAAUGUAGCAACAGCAAAAAGCGGCAGUCGGAGGAAAUCAACUCGCUGCGAUUGAAAGUAUCCGAGCUGCAGGGCAAGGUGCACCGUUACCAGCACGAGUCGGCCAACGACGUAGAACACCUGAAGGCACAACUGGAGCAGCUAAAGAACGACAAAAUUAAUCUCGAAGCAACGCUCCGGCAACAGCUGUCCUACAAGGAUCAGAUUAUCGAAAAGCUGCGCGAUCUGGCCACCAAAAUGGAGAAGGAAAACACGCACUACUUCGAGCGGUGCAAACUGUCAGCCGAUCAGUUGCCAAAGCAACACCAUCGCUACCGCGAUGUACUUGAAGCGCUCUCCGCCCGAAUGGCUGCUCCGGCGCACAGCUUCAACGAGCAGCGACCAGUGAGUGACGACCGUUAUCGCAUCCCGGUAGCGUUAAGAAACCGUACUUCCGGCCCAGCUGGCCCUCCCAGCACCACUACCACCACCACCACCACAUUUUCUUCGGGGUCCACGGUGUCGGGUAGCUCUCUCUCAACUUCUUCCUCUCCCCUCGGUACUAACAACCGUGCCGCGGCGCAGGCUUCCGAAGAACAGGAAACGCGCGUCAUCGCCAACCCGUUCGAAGUGCCCGUGCCGGAGGUGCGGGCGAAAGCUCGCAGUUCGCGGUGGCACACCGGUACCCGGAGGGAACCGCCGGAUGUGAACCCCGCGGGCGGCCAUGCUGGAGGCCAGCGGCAGCCGGCGCUCGAUGGUGGGAUCAUUAAUUCUGUGGAAAACUUUCAGAUCAUACCGAAACCGCUACCGGCGGUCGCGGCCGAUAGUGCCAAUGUGUUGCAGGAGCCACGGUUGAUGAAAACUUCCACAUCCGUGCCCGGUGGCGCCGGCCAGCGAUCGUCCUCGGACCGUAAUCUACAGUUGCCGAUACUGGCCGCGCCGACCGUGCUGCAGGCGGCGGAACAUUCCAGCAAGCGAAGCGGUGGUCCACCAGCUGGUGGUGGCGGAACCAUGGCGGUGGUGGCCAGGGGCACAAAUAACAGCACCUCCACCACGACAACCGUGGCUUCGCGAGCCGGAGCGGCUCCCAAUCGGAGUGCUACGCGUGGGUCCGGCUCGGUCGUCCGGAAACCGCUCGCCAAUCGCCACACGAAACCCGUCCCGGAGGGGAUCGUACCCUUUCCGGAAAUGAUGCCCGAGCUGGACGAAAACCGGAGCGAAAACGUGCUCGACAAUCGGUACGCCAAUGUGGCCGCAGCGGUUGCCGCCCCGGCGACGGGUGGUGGCGGUACGGGGAAGAAGAAGGGAAAAUCCGAUGCUCGGCAUGGUCCGUCCGACGGUCGGCAUGGUGAUCUCAACUUUAUGAACGGAGCCGGCGGCAACCCGGAGGCGGAUAACGGAGCCCACGAGGAGCACGAUAACGAGGGUGGUGUAAGGCGCGAGGAAGGAGAUGCACCCGAUGGUGCUGCGGCCGAUCGGAUGGCCCCGGGGGCGGCCAACGAUGAGGCGGGCAACGAAAAUGUGAAUGCUGCCGAGGAGGACACCAAUCUGUACGAUAAUGGAAACAAUAAUGGCAUCAAAGCCCCGUUCGGUGGCAACCCGUUGCUGGAUCAGCAGCUCGAGUACAACGACGUCAUCCCGGGAGCCGCCGCACACCGCGGAAGGCCGAAGCACGUUGGCGGUGCCGGGGCCGACCAAAGCAAAGCGGCCAUCAUCGAUCGGAUGGGCGACAAGCUGAUCAACGAGAUUGCCCACGAUCACGGGAAGGAAGGGGACAACUAUCCGAACGAGAUGGAAGACUUGCAUUUGGUCGGAAACGAGGCCGAGGAAGAGGACGUAAGUGACUACGAUGACCCGACGGCACUGAAGCAGGGACACGCGGAGCGUCACUGAGCGGCGGUGCACCGGAGUGGCGGAGUGGGAGACGCACACAACCUGACUGACUGACUGACCACGAACUGAGAUGCGCUGAACGAUUAUAGUUUGCCGUGCCGUGUGAGAUUAGAACGCAACAGCAUUGCGGCUUCGUGUUGUUGCCCCUUUCGGUUUCGGUGUGUCGUAAAAGACUGUCCUAUUCUACUGUUUUUUGUUUGCGGGUACAGAUGAUCGACACUGCACACUGCAAUGGAUCCACUCAUGGCAAUCUCUCUGUCCCGCCGUCUGCAUAGAGCUACGUUACCGAUACUUUCUGUGCAUACAGUUGUAGUUCUAUUAUUUAUCAUCUCUCGUUACUCAUUGCUAUCAUCUCUCGUGUUCAACACUCGCCUAUUUAUCUACCACCACCACAAAGUGACCAUUGACGAAUUUGCCAUAUUGAAUUCUUAAACUUAUUUACUUAAAAAGCUAAACCACUCUCUCUCUAUCUCUCUGUCUCUUCGGGUAUCGGAAGCGGCGCACACGUACGUUUGCGUACUCCAAACGAGUGAUGCAGAAACGAAACAGAUACCAGUGAUUGUGUGAGCCCGUGAUUCUCGAAUCGCAACAGGAAAUUUAUUCGAAAAACAUAGAAAACAAAAACGCAAAAUAUGUCGCAAUUUGAAUGCACUACAAUUUCGAAACACCGUUAAACUAUGUUAAAGUUAAGUUUUAGGCAGCCAGCAUCGCGUUUAAAGUUAAGGAAAAAUAUGCAAAGUAGGCAAAGUAGGCCUAGCGUAGUAGAAGGACUCGGUGAACGACCGAAAAAGAAUGACCGCAGCUCACACCGUUCCCAGUGCGCCCUGCGCGCAUAUGUACAUUAUGUGAUGGCCAGGUUCCACAGUGGCAAUGGCUUGUUGUGAGGGGAAUCUGUAAGCGCACAUUUACGAAAUGGCCCUUCCCUCUCUCUCUCACACACACAUAUAUAUAUAUAUAUA